GUCCGGGCGGAGCCGCCGCCGCCGCCCGCGGGCUGCUCCCGGUCCACUCCCGGCCCUGCGCCCUCCCUUCUCCGCCACCACAGGGGCAGUGGUCCGGCCAUGGCGGAGCGCGGGCGGUGGCGUUGAGGCGGCGGAGGGUGGGGUGUCGAACCCAGAGCGGGCGUCAUGCGGUCGCUGAACAUCACCCCGGAGCAGUUCGCGCAGCUCCUGCGGGACAACAAUGUGACGCGGGAGCAGUUCAUUUCUCUCUACGGGCUGCAGCCGCUGGUGUAUAUCCCGGAGCUGCCGGGGCGCACCAAGAUAGCCUUCGUCCUCAUCUGCGUUCUCAUCUUCGCCCUGGCGCUCUUCGGUAACUGCCUGGUGCUCUACGUGGUGACCCGCAGCAAAGCCAUGAGGACCGUCACCAACAUCUUCAUCUGCUCCCUGGCGCUCAGUGACCUUUUCAUCGCCUUCUUCUGCGUGCCCUUCACCAUGCUGCAGAACAUCUCCUCCAACUGGCUCGGCGGUGCCUUCGCUUGCAAGAUGGUUCCAUUUGUCCAGUCCACUGCUAUUGUAACUGAGAUUCUUACCAUGACCUGCAUUGCUGUGGAAAGACACCAGGGAAUUGUGCAUCCACUAAAAAUGAAGUGGCAGUACACCAAUAAAAGAGCUUUCACCAUGCUUGGCAUAGUGUGGCUGCUGGCUCUCAUUGUUGGGUCGCCCAUGUGGUACGUGCAGCGGCUUGAGGUUAAAUACGACUUUCUAUAUGAAAAAGUGCAUGUUUGUUGCUUGGAAGAAUGGGCCAGUCCCAUUUAUCAGAAGAUCUAUACGACCUUUAUUCUUGUUAUACUCUUUCUUCUUCCACUGAUGCUGAUGCUCUUUUUGUACACUAAAAUUGGCUAUGAACUCUGGAUUAAGAAACGAGUGGGAGACGCUUCAGUUCUUCAAACCAUUCAUGGGAGCGAAAUGUCUAAAAUAUCAAGGAAGAAGAAGCGAGCAAUUGUUAUGAUGGUGACAGUGGUGUUUCUCUUUGCAGUCUGUUGGGCCCCUUUCCAUGUGAUUCACAUGAUGAUGGAGUACGGUAAUUUUGAGAAGGAAUAUGAUGAUGUGACAAUCAAAAUGAUUUUUGCAAUUGUCCAGAUCAUAGGAUUCUUCAAUUCUAUUUGCAACCCUAUUGUGUAUGCUUUCAUGAAUGAGAACUUCAAGAAAAAUUUUCUGUCCGCCCUCUGCUUCUGCAUUAUGAAAGACAACACAUCCCCAGGCAGGCAGCUUGGGAGCUCAGGAAUUACCAUGAGGAGGAAAAAGCCAAGUGCAUCUCAGAAAGAUCCCAUGGAUUCGGACAAAGGCAGGAGGGAGGCAUUCAGUGAUGGCAACAUCGAGGUCAAGUUCUGUGAUCAGCCAGCUUCCAAAAGGAAUUUGAAAAGGCACCUGGUCCUGUUCAGCUCUGAGCUUACUGUGCACUCUGCAGUAGGAAAUGGACAGUAGCAUCACAAGAGGGUUGGGAAUGGAGAAGUUGUUCUCUUUAUGAUCAUCUCAAUAAGCCAUUUAAAAGAGUUUGCUGCUUUGCAUGCUGAAAUGAGGGGGGAAGAUGAUGUGUGGACUCUAAUAAUGUUGGGAUAGUGGCUGAGAAAAUACUUAUUUUAUAAUGAUGAGGAGUUAGACUUUGAGAAA